AUGACACGUCUGACAUCGCUACUUCUGAGUGCGUUGGCCUGCUUACUACCUGUGCAUUUGCAUUGCAUAUUUGUUCCUGAGGAGGACAACACGUUCUUCUGCGCGUCGAGCAGCUUCAAUGCGUUUCCCGGUAUCCCGAUACAUGCCAGCAAAGACUUGAUCAACUGGCGGCUCGUCAGCAAUGCUCUCAACCGUCCCGAGCAGUUGCCAACCCUUGCCAUUACGAACAAGUCCACCAGCGGGAUAUGGGGUUCCACGGUCCGCUACCGCGAAGGCACGUUCUAUGUGCUCACGACGCUCGUCUUUGACGACCAGCCCGAAACGAACUCCUCGCGCUGGGACAACAUGAUCUUCACCUCCAGGAAUCCGUAUUCAUCCGCGUCCUGGUCGCAGCCCGUGCACUUCAACUUCACUGGAUACGACACCUCGCCGUUCUGGGACUCUGACGGCACCGUCCACGUCGCGGGUUCGCACCCCUGGGAAGUUACUCCCGGAAUCACGCAGACGACACUCGACCUCGCCACGGGCGAGGUCGGCGCAAGCUACCAGUACAUCUGGAACGGCACAGGCGGCGAGGCGCCCGAGGGCCCGCACAUCUACUGGCGCGAUGGGUACUACUACCUGAUGAUCGCGGAGGGCGGGACGGGCCUGAACCACAUGGAGACGAUCGCGCGGGCGCGCGAGGUGGGCGGGCCAUAUGAGUCCAACCCGGCGAACCCGAUCCUGACGAACGCCAACACGAGCGAGUACUUUCAGACGGUCGGCCACGCGGACUUGUUCCAGGACGCGGAGGGGAACUGGUGGGGUGUCGCGCUGUCUACACGGUCUGGACCCGACUACACUGCGUUUCCGAUGGGACGCGAGACGGUGCUGUAUCCGGUUACGUGGGAGGAGGGCGAGUGGCCUGUGCUGCAGCCUGUGCAGGGAGAGAUGAGCGGUUGGCAUCUACCGAAGACGAACUUCGACGUGCCUGGAGAAGGACCGUUCGCUGACUCACCAGACUAUCUCACCUUCUCGCCUGGAUCCCUUUUGCCCAUCCAUCUUGUGCACUGGCGGCUGCCUAUCAAUACUUCGUACAUCAUCUCGCCACCCGGCCAUCCCAAUACACCCCGUCUUCUGCCCUCGAAGCUUAACCUGACGGCUCAUGAUGGAAAUUACGCUGGCCUCGAGGGUCAAACCCUACUCGCCCGAAGACAGACGGACACGCUGUUCGCGUACAGCGUCAGCAUGGACUUCGCACCAUCCCUUGAGGAAGAGGAAGCUGGUGUGACGGUCUUCCUGACACAGAAUCACCAUCUCGGUCUUGGGAUGGUGCUCCUGCCUUACACGAACACAAGUACAAACAUAACAGCGCUCACUCCAUGCUUCCGAUUGCGCUCCGUGUCCUAUAUCGCUAUCAAGGCAUCCAACCUUACGCACUACAGCUUCGCAGCGGGUCCUGCGGAUGCCCGCUCGCAGAUGCAGAUGAUUGGCUAUGGGCUCGCGGCGGAUGUCAGCUGGGGCUUCACGGGGACGCUGAUUGGCAUAUACACGACGAGCAAUGGGGGCGAGGGGACUACGCCUGCUUAUUUCUCGGAAUGGACCUACGUGGGGCAAGGACAAUACCGGAAUUGAGAGGACUCCAGUUCAGAUUGA